AUGUGGGUCUGGGAGACAUAAGCUCUGUUGUUGGAUGAGGAGCCCGAGAGGCAAAUCCACAUUCCCCACGGGAUGAGGCCAUGAAAAAGUAGAUCGGGAGAAGACAGAGUGAAAAGGCUGAAGACACGGUAACAAAAAAGUAACGUCCCUCCCCUCACUCCCCCAAACUGCUCUAAAGGUGCCAGACAGCGGGUUUGGGCAGCUCCACCUUCUCAACUUUACAACUCUUUUAGGAGCUUUUCUCUCUCACUUUCGCUCGAGUUCUCCCUCACACACACUCACACCACUCACAGCUCCUAGAUCUCCUACAGAUUUGCAGACCACCCAGUCCAAGAUCUGCUGAACAGUGGCCACCUGGCACGUGGCAGGACUGCACCGUUGCCUCCUGCCUCCUUCACCUGGGCACCCCUACCAAGCUCUCCCUCCUGGCGUAGCUGCGUACCCGAGAGAACACCUGAGCGAGAGACAUCGGACAAGCUGUAGAUAAAGGCGGAGCAGAGCCCGGUUGGUGACGAGUGGAGAGGAAUCGGUGGAAUCGGUGCCGGUGAUAGGAGCGAAGGAGAAGGAGGAUGAGGAGUGGGAGAGUGGCGGAAACGAGGAAGACCUCCUUCGCGCCGUUCUUCAUCCUGUCCUUGUUUACGUGCACCAGCGUGAUCUCCAACCAGGCUGAAGUGUGUCACACUGCAGUGGCUGCUGACAUUGUCUUCCUACUGGGCGAGUCCCGGACCAUGGGUCAUGCCGGCUUCGGAGCGGUGAAGGAGUUCAUCAGCGCUGUCAUCGGGUCCUUCCGUGGUGACGCUGUGGGCCAGGAGGGCGUCCGCUUCGGAGUCACCGUCUACGGCGAGGUCCCCAGGAUGAGGAUCGCGCUGACAGACCACAGCAGCCGGGAGGAGGUGCUGGGGGCCGUGCGGGCGCUGCAGUACGAGGGGGGUGGCAGUCGCACGGGGAAGGCGCUGGACUUCCUGGUCGACUCGGUCUUCAGCCCUGCCAUCGUCCGGGACGAGGCUCCAAAGAUCGUCAUUCUAGUGACCAGUGACAAGUCGUCCGACCCCGUAGGUGCAGCAGCCCUGGCCGCGUCCGACAGCGGAAUAACGGUGUACGCUGUGGGUGUGAGAGGCGCGGAGCAGUCCGAGCUGCGGGCCAUCGCUACGGAGCCCCACGGGGAGCACGUGCUCUUCGCUGAGCGCUUCGCCGAGCUCGGCGGCCUCCUGCCCAAGCUAUCCCGCCGCGUGUGUUUCACCGCCUCGGAGCCGCCUCGUCCCGCCAGGGAGCGCGAGCCUGCGAGCAUGGGGGCCGUUGGCCCGGUGGACCUGGUGGCGAGCGAGGUGGCGCACAGCUCCCUGCGGCUGUCGUGGAGCCCAGCCAGCGGGGACGUGAUGGGCUAUCGGCUGCUGGUCACCCCGGUGUCCCCGAAGGGCCAGCAGCUCACGGCACUGCAGACACAGACUGACCUGAAGGGAGACGUGUGGAGCACCCUGGUGUCGGAGCUGGACCCCAGCACAGAAUACCUCCUCACCGUCUACGCCGUCUACCCACACCUUGUCGGAGACUCUGUGUCCAUCACCGUGGAGACCACCGCACUGCCCCCAGUGGCCAAUUUCCGUGUGGUCGAGGAGGGGCUCUUCAGCCUUCGCCUCGGUUGGACCCCCCUGGGGAAGCUCGAUGGAUACAAGAUCUUCAUUCCCCGAACCAGCAGACCUGGCCUGAUGUAUGAACAGCUGCUGCCCGGUGACAUCUCGUCCCAUGUCAUCGAGGGUCUGGAGGAGGACAAGACAUACACUGUCAGCAUAUAUGCUGUGUACCCACAGGGAGUGAGUGAGCCGGUGACCAUCACUGGCAAAACAUUGAAACUGGUCCCAGUCGAGCAGCUGCUGGUGCAGAACGCCACUACUGAUACCGUUCAGGCCCGGUGGACAUCUGUGACAGGUGCCACAGGAUACAGGCUCACCUGGUCCUCCGCAGAGGGUCACGUUGAGAACGUGAACCUGGGAGAGACCUACAGCUUCUACAUGAUCCAAGGUCUACAUACCGGCACUGAGUACGAGGUGACCAUCAACCCCAUCUUUGUGGACGUGGAAGGCCCCAUCACCAGGACAGUGGUGAAAACGCUGAAGAGCAGCGCAGUGCAGAUGCUGAAGGCUUCUGCUGUCAGCACCAACAGUGCAAUGAUCUCCUGGAAUUCAGUCCCAGGGGCCACGGGAUACAGGCUCGCCUGGGGGCCCACGCCAGAGUUUGUGGGUCGGGACCGGCCCAGGCAGCUGGCUCUCAACGGCAACACCACGGCGCACCGGCUGAAGAACCUCGUCCACGACACGGAAUACGUGCUGUCUCUCUACGUGCUGUUUGGCUCGGUUCCUGGACCUGGGAUCACUGCCACUUUCCGCACCUCCCCCCUGGGAUAUGUGUCCAACUUCAAGGUGACGUCCCACACCAGCACGUCCAUCAGUGUGCAGUGGAGUCCCGUUGUCGGAGCCACAGAGUACAAACUAACCUGGAAAUCUGACAAAGAUGACAGCGAUAGGAUUCAGAACCGGUACCUGGACCAAAGCAUCCUUUCCGACCGGAUUGAUGACCUGGAACCCAAGUCCAUCUACACCAUAAGCAUCCUUGCAAUGUACGGCAAUGCGGAGGGACCGAAAGUCUCCCUUUCCCAGCACACAGCAUCUGUCACAGACACAGAGCUGGUCCAGAUGGUGAGGCAGGUGAAGGUGGUAGACAUUGGAGUGAACUCCUUCAAGCUGGAAUGGAAGAGAGCCCCUGGUGUGUCGGGGUACAAGAUCUCCUGGAGCCCUUUCCCCGGAGGUGCCGAGGAGACCAAGCUCAUUCCCUCUGGCACCACCACUUUCACCAUUACUGGCCUACAGGAGAGCUCUCCCUAUAAGAUCCAGGUGUCGGCCUUGCUGGGCUCCAGAGAAGGCAGCCCCGUCCUGCUCACGGCUCGCACCUUGGACCUGCCCAAAGUGACUGGGUUUAAAGCCCUGGAAACAACGGACAGCAGUACGGUGCUCAACUGGACAAGUGUCGCAAGGGCUUCUGGGUACAUUAUUUCCUGGAGGCACCUAUCAGACUUUGAGACUCAUACAGAGCUGCUUGGCCCGUCUUUUACCUCAUUUAAAAUCGAUGACCUGCAGUACGGAAGGACCUACAUAUUCAGCAUUCGACCCCUUUACGGGGAAGUGGAAGGACCCGUGACAUCAGUCAGCCAGAGGAUCAUAAGGGCAGAUCAGUCAACCACACCAGACCAGGUACUAUCUGCCACUGGGCCACCAAACACACCAGUUGACACUACAGCCCCACACAGUCCUGCCCGGAACAAGGGGACCUCUGCCUUCAAGACUCCAGUCUCCAACGCCACCCAAGAGCCAUCCCCCAAACCCAGGCCGACCGCCAUCAAAAUGCCAACACUUACAGCCACCGGAGUAACUACUUUGCCAGAGAUGACCACAACUACAAUCAGGCCGCCUGGGCCAAUCUGUGGCAAGGUCAAGGCAGACAUUGUGUUCCUGGUGGAUGAAUCCUGGAGUAUUGGAUCCAACAACUUUGCUAAGCUGAAAGACUUCCUGUUCCGGGUUGUGACCUACUUCCCCAAAAUUGGCCCUCAGGGCACCCAGGUGGCUGUGGUGCAUUAUAGCGAUGAGCCCAGGGUUGAGUUCCACCUGAACGACUUCAGGGACCGGAACUCCGUCCUGAAAGCAGUGAGAGCUGUGCACUAUGAGGGAGGGAACACCAAAACAGGACGGGGCAUCAGCUAUGUGCUGAAGGAGAUCUUCCAGGAGGCCCAUGGCAUGAGGCAGGAUGUGGCUCAUGUGCUGGUGCUGAUUACUGAUGGGAGAGCCCAGGAUGACGUCCAGCUGCCAUCCCAUGUGGCACGCGCUCACGGUGUUAGUAUCCUGGCUAUAGGUGUGGCCAGUGCGGACAUGGAGGAGCUGAAUAAGAUUGCUUCUUCCACCAGCUACAAGAGCCUUUUCUUUGCCAGCACAUUCGACGACCUUCCCUCUGUUGAGCGGGAGUUUAUCGCAAGCCUCUGUGGCCAGGAACUGCAGCUGGAAUACAAACUGCGGGACAAGUCUGAACAGCUGGAUACACCCACUGAUUACCCAGAAGCCCUAGUCAAGCCUCUGGGUCCCUGCUCUUCCCAGUGCACAAAGGGGCAAAAGGGUGAAAAGGGUGACAGCUUCUCUGUUGGCAGUCUGAGGCCACAGCCAUCUUCGCAUGACUACAGUCCAUUUAGAUUGGGCAGCAAAGGGGAGAAGGGGGAGAGGGGUCUUCCCGGAACAGAUGGCAUCCCAGGGUUGCCGGGGCGACCAGGGAGAACUGGACCUCCUGGUCCAGCUGGACAAAGGGGCCCCCCCGGUGUUCCUGGUGAAAUGGGUCCACCAGGAAUCACUGGACCUAAGGGACAAAGAGGUGAAAGAGGGGAGCCUGGCUAUACUCUCGGAGGUGUGGAGGUGUUCCCUGGGCGGAAAGGGGAACCUGGCUCAUCGGGUCCUCCAGGAGCCCCAGGGGUGCCUGGGAUAUCGGGUCCUCCUGGGCUCCCAGGUCAGCCAGGGGCACCCGGGCCCCCAGGAAUCUCUUUCAAGGGUGAACCGGGAGAGCCUGGUCUUAGGGGUCUACGUGGAAAAGUGGGUUCCAAAGGAGAUAAAGGAGAGCCAGGCGAAAAUGGUCGGGGUGGGUUACCUGGUCCACCAGGUGUUGCCGGUGAUCCAGGACUCUCAGGACAGAAGGGAGAGAAGGGAGAGGGAGGAGUGGGCAUUCCUGGUGUCCAGGGUCCAAAGGGAGAGCCAGGAGAGAAGGGAAAUUCUGGCCCACAAGGUCCAGUUGGCCCAAAGGGGGAGACAGGGAUCCCAGGACUACAAGGAAUAGUCGGACCAAGGGGGAAAAGGGGACUGAAAGGAGAACAUGGAGAUAAGGGAGACAAAGGAGAAGUGGGGCCUGUGGGACCUCAGGGAAUCCCAGGAGUCCGUGGUCCGGAAGGUCCAAAAGGCAAUGAAGGACAACAAGGAGAACCUGGUGACCCAGCUAAAGGGAUACUCGGACCUCCAGGGAAGAAGGGAGUGAGGGGGGACACUGGACCUGCAGGUCCCAUUGGACUGCAGGGCAUUAAAGGUGAUCAAGGAGACAAGGGGGAAAAGGGUAGUCCAGGGUUCGGUAUUCCCGGUCAAAAAGGUCCCAAGGGGGAGGCUGGAGAGAGGGGCAACGUAGGACUGUCUGGGAAACCUGGACCAAAGGGGCUGGCAGGAGCCAAGGGAGAGAAAGGAGACACUGGCCUUCCUGGAAACCCAGGACAACUUGGACUAAGAGGUAAAGAUGGUGAUCCAGGACCCAUGGGACAAACAGGACCAAAGGGUGAGAAAGGCCCAGCAGGCGAGCCUGGAGACAAGGGAAUGAGGGGGCUGUUGGGUCUUCCUGGACGGCCAGGUGACCGUGGAGAAAAGGGGGAUCCUGGGAAAAUCGGUCUCCCGGGCUCUGAGGGGAAAAAGGGCGAGAAAGGAGAGCCUGGAGCGCUUGGUCCCCCAGGACCCUCUCAGGGUGAGCGUGGAGAACCAGGGCUGCCAGGACUCAGAGGGGAGAGCGGUCUGCCUGGACCUCGAGGUCCUGAAGGAAAACCCGGACCUCCAGGGAAUAAUGUGGGAGUGUCUACUGCCUCUGUUAGAGAUGGUAUAGAUGGGCUUCCUGGGCACCCAGGAGCCAAGGGGGAACCAGGCAUGAAAGGGCAACCAGGUCCUAAAGGUGAGAAAGGAGAUCCCGGCAGGCUGGGUAUAGCGGGGAUGCCUGGGCUGCCUGGAACCCCAGGCCGACCCGGUGUGGACGGGAAGCGAGGAAUGGCUGGGAAAGAUGGAGAACCAGGUCCACGAGGUGACAGUGGAACGAAGGGUGAAAAGGGGGACCAGGGCACUGAUGGGAAGGAUGGGAGUAAAGGAGAGCCGGGGCCUCCUGGUCCCCCAGGUGUUCCUGUUAUGAUUAACCUCCCCAAUGGCCUCAGUUUAGAAGCAGAGGGCAAGUUUGAGGAUGUAAGGAAGGCCUUUCCCUUUCCAAUGGGACCCCCGGGUGUCACGGGUUCUCCGGGAAUGAAGGGAGAAAAAGGGAACAGAGGUUUAAAAGGAGAGAAGGGUGACACUGGUCCUCCUGGAAAACCACUGGAUAUAAAGGAUAUUGAGGCAUUGAUGGAAACCUACGGCAUCAGGCUUCCCCUGCUGAAAGCACUGAUUGACAGGUUGCUGCAAGAUGGCACGGCGGAUAUGCUUCAGGAGGUUGGCGUUAAUAAGGCGACAAAAAACGAUGAGGCCCGCGACUCGAACCUCAUCACUGAGUACACAAGCCAUGUGAGGUAUGAGGUUCCAAGCGAACCACUAACAGAAAGUGAUGUGACUUGGAGAAACACCAGCUCUGGGAUAUUGCAGGAGGACAUACUGCUCUUUCCCCAGUUUCCUGGUGUGUGGAAUGAAACAGAAGCAGACAAGAAGGUCCACAGAGAGAGUGACCUGGUGAAAGAGCACACGCAAUCCAUCGGUGGAGAUGUUGAGGUCCUACAAGCUGGUGAGAAGGGCGGCAGCAUUAUGGGACCCUCAGCCAAGGUAGGGGUGCAGAUGUCUCAUUGCUUGCUUCAGCACCCACUGUUAUCGCAUCUCUGGGUGCACAGUCACACACAUGAAAUGUAUGGCGGGUCAUCCAGAGCUUCAGUGCCGGACAUGGGGACCGUCCAGCUAAGCCAGAAAGACCUGCUGAGGAAGACGUCGGCAGACAGGAAGAAGGCUAAGGACAAGGGGAAGGAUAAAGGGAGCAAAGGAAGACAUAAAAGACAGGAACAACACUUGGGUGACAGGCGUGAGGAGGACUUCGACAGCAGUGAAGACAUUUACCAGUAUGAGCAAGUGUUGCUCCCAGCGGAGCCUUCAGGUCCAGCAGAAACAGCGGGAGAAAGCCAAGCAGAAAACCACAAUGGAGGAAUUAAAGAGGGCAAACUCUCAAUCGCUAGCCGCCAACUAAGUUCACAGGCACAAAGGGAGCAGGUUGGGAUGAGACCGUUGAACUCCCCUCUGCGCGGCACCGACACCUUGUUCAGCUCUUCUCUGCCAGUUAUCUGCGUAUCGAGUCAAAGUCAUCUUGGUGAAGUCACCAUAGUGGCUCCCCUGUGGAAUCAGGAAGAGGACGGAGAGGGUGCCAUGGUGAGCUCGUCGGGGGUCCGGAUGCGCGUGCGGAGGAACGCGCCUCUGCUGGAAAACACGAGCAAUAUGCCUGGGGCCCCAGGAGCACGAUGGCGCUACCAGAAGAGACAUAAAAGGAAGAAACAGGAACGCAAGGACAUCGAGCUGGAGCCCAAUUCCAGAGCUCAGACAGUAUCGGAGAGGGAGAUGGAGACAAAGCAAGACAGAGAGAGGAAGAUAGACCAGGCCUCGGAGAAGAUGGAGGAAGAAGCUGAGAUGGAAACAGUUAGAGAAAGGGUGGAGCAAGACCGGAAGGAAGAAGAUCUUGAGGUGGAGAUUGGGAGACUAGAGCAGGAGGGUGAGAAAGAUGGGUUUGAUGCAGAGACGGAGAGGAUCGAGCUGGAAAGGGAAAGAGAGGAAGAGUUGGACAUGGAAGGAGAGAGAGAGAGGCAGGAGAUGGAGAGAGAAAGGGAGAGGCUGGACUUGGAAGAGGAGAAAGAGGGGGAGGAUGAUUUGGAAAUGGAGCGGGAAAGAGAGAUGGAGUGGCACACUGGACGAAGUUAUAGACCAGAGUAUGAUUACUUAAAGGGUGCUCCGGGCGAAAAUGGACUCCCGGGAGAAAAGGGUGAAGUUGGAGAAAAGGGACAAAAGGGGGAGCCAGGUGUUGGUCACCGUGGCCCUGUUGGACAGGCAGGCCCCCCAGGACAGAAGGGAGAACCUGGAGAACCAGGACCCCCAGGAGCUCAGGGGAUUCAGGGCAUCAGAGGAAACCCUGGAAUCCCAGGCACUCAAGGCGUGAGAGGUUACCCUGGUGACCCAGGGAUCCCUGGAGUUGAGGGCGAUCGAGGGAGGCGGGGAAAGAAUGGUUCUCCAGGACCACCGGGUACCCGUGGCCCCCCAGGGCCACAGGGCCCACCAGGAGUCCCAGGUGUGAAAGGUGAAAAGGGUGACAGUAUGCCAGGAGAACCAGGAGAGAGAGGUGUGGUUGGGCUCCCAGGCCGCAGGGGAGAAAAGGGUGCAGCAGGAGCUCGGGGACCCCCUGGAUAUUUUGGUGCCAAAGGCCUUCCUGGUGCCAAGGGCGAGAAGGGUGACCGUGGACAGGCUGGGAGCAAAGGUGAGAAGGGGAGUCCCCUGACCACUCCUGGGCCGCAUGGGUACAAGGGACAAAAAGGGGUAGUGGGAGACAGGGGCCUUCCUGGUUUUGAUGGGGAUAAAGGAGAGAAGGGUGAAGAUGGACCUCCAGGCAUCAAGGGGCUGAAAGGAGAACCCGGAGCCAAAGGAGCAAUCGGGCCAUUUGGAGCUAGAGGACCUGUGGGACAGAAGGGGGACCCAGGAGAGGCUGGAGUUGAUGGACAAAUGGGCCGCAGUGGCAAAGAUGGACUGAAUGGAGUUAAGGGGGCAAAAGGAGACAGAGGCCCACAGGGGCCAAAAGGAGAGCAAGGUGACACAGGGGAGCCAAGCCCACCUGGGGACACUGGUGAGAAAGGAGAAAAGGGUGCCAGGGGCCUUCCAGGACGCCCAGGAACUGCUGGGCAGGAUGGAGAAAAGGGGUAUGCAGGGAUUCCAGGAACCCCAGGUGCUCCAGGCCUUGAUGGACUCCCAGGACAGAAAGGUGACAGAGGGACUGAAGGCAAUAAAGGGGCUGAUGGACCACCAGGCCAGAAAGGAGAAAAGGUGGCUCACAUGUCAGUACAAGGAGAAUAUGAAGUCGUAGUCCGGGAAACAAAGCCAGUGGUCAGGGAACGAAGAGAAAGAGGAGACGGGGGACUGGGUUCGGGGAGGACAGGAGCAGGGCGAGGUAAGAACAGGAACCGGAACAGGCACAGGAACAAGGAUGAAGAGGAAAACAAGGAUGCAGGAGAAAUCACAGGCGUGGGUGCGUUGAGUCGCGAUGAGGUCGUGGGCGUGACUGUACACCCCUGUACAAGCGGCACUGGCCGCUCUACGACCCCUGGGGGAAUGCGCCCUUGGCUGAGGCGCCAGCCGGUCCGGGUGGUCCCUGUGGAAAUCAGACACAAGAACAAGAUCCAACAUAUCUUUCUCUGGGGCUCAACAUGCUUCUUCUGGACCGUACCCCUCCCAGUCCACGAAGUACUGCAAGAUCCCCCAUAUGCGGUGCGAAUCCGGGAGUUCACGCACGGAAUAAGACGGGACCCCUUUCGACCUGCAGCGUGCAUUGCUGGAGAUGGUCCCAGACAGCUCACCAGGCCUCCGCGCUGCCAUUAUACCAGGUGUCUACAGAUGGUACAUCACUGGAGCUGGAGUGCAAAGGGAACAACGACGGUUGAUAACCUAGCACCCAUUGAAACGGGUGCUGCUGGAUUCCCCGGGUUCCCUGGAUUUAAAGGCUCCAUGGGGCCUGCGGGGCAGGAUGGACCUCCAGGGAUCCGAGGUCCUGUAGGUGCCAAAGGAGACCAUGGACCCAAGGGUGAAAGAGGCAGGCGAGGUAGAGGGAAGCCGUGCCUCAGAGGACUACCAGGAACCCCAGGACAUAAGGGUACUACUGGACUGCUGGGAUCAGAAGGACGGAAGGGGGAGAAAGGAGACACAGGGCUUUCUGUUGAAGAGGUCAAGGAGCUGGUGAGCCACGAAGUGAUGGCGCAAUGUGGUAAGAACUUCCUGCUGGUGGUGAACUCUGGGGACCCUGACGCAGAGAGCAUUUUGAUAAGCGAGGGCAAGGGGGGAGGCAACCCUGCAGCCACCUUCAGCUUGCCGGUGGAAGACGAAGGGCUUGAUGAGGAGGAAGAGGAAGAGGCACCUUCCCUUGUCCCCUUUGGCCCUGAAGAGAAGAUGACGGCGGAGCUCAGCAAUCCUACACGUAUGUCUUCACGCAUGGAGCGUGACGCUGAGCAGAGGCAGAAGCAGCGACGACUGCAGUGGCUCCCGACAGGUCUGACCUCUGACCCCUGCCGGGCACCCAUGUCGGAGGGCUCAUGCACCGAAUAUGCUCUGCUCUGGUACCAUCAUGCCGAGUCUGGUCAGUGUAGGCCAUUUGUCUACGGAGGGUGCGGUGGGAACCGCAACCGGUUUGUGACCAAACUGGACUGUGAGAGGUGCUGUGGCGGGGCAAAAAGAGGCAUGGAACCAACAUGGACAACUGGAGGAGCUGCAGGAGGUAGACAAGAUGUGGAGAACCCAUCAAGACAGCCAUAGUACCGGUGGGGGGGAGGAGCAAUAUUUAGAGAUCAUUAAGUCCCGGGAAAAGUGAAGAUGUGAGGACAUAACCAGCGAAACCCGCUGAAAGAGAUAUUGUUUGUGUGAAACAUCUUUCAUCGUAUUCCUCUGCGCUGAUCUAAUUGCAGCAUGAGGAACCAUAGCAGUAAGAGAUAUUAAUGUCUAAGGAGUGGCAGCCACAAACAAAUGGCUCAUUACUAGCUCAUUACUACCCCUAUUGGCCACAAGAGGAACUGACAUGCAGCUGUGUGAUUUGCUGAUGGAGCUGCCCCCCUCCCCCUCCCCCUCCAUCCGCCAACCCCCAACCCCACCGGCCUGUUCUCCAACUCUCAUUACUCCACCUGUGAUUCAAAAAGGUGCUCAGCCCUUCACAUUACUUUCAUUUUUGUGAACAACAGAAGGAAUCUGUUCUUUUAUAUUGGUAAGAAUCACCUUUACGGCAGUGUUUACCUUAGAGGUAAACAUCCAUCCAUAUUGACACUAUAUCCUAUAGUUACCAUACUGACAUAUUCGCGUGCAUCCUUUGAGAUCAGUUUCACCGCACCGUUGCGAUGCUAAGAAAACGUAAGUGCGUUACAGCCGUUUCGAAAAUGCUGGAUCCAGUUCUUCUCAAAUGACUAAAACUGAAGGGAAAACACGUUAACCUAUUAAACUCAAUAUGAAUAAUGUAGCACUGAAGUUCUUCUGAGGAUGUAGGAAUAUCACUGAAGUAAACGCAAUUUUCAAACAUCCUCGCUGUAAUUUUAAUCUUAAUGCCCAGGAUUGGUGUUGGUGAGCGUUGCCCUGUCCCUGUGCAUGUCUCCAGCAUAUAAAGGUGAAAAUGCUUCUUCCGUGCAGUCGUAAUGUUUACCGCGUCUCCGUAUGCAAGUGUAUCAUUUUACAUGGGCAGAUGUGUCACCAUGGUAGAAUCAGAGUUCACCUACCCCUUUUCAGUGGAUAUUUUGCAGCAGUGACACACUAAAGUGCGCUGCAUCAGUGUGUGUGAGAUGUGUGUGUGUGUGUCUGUGGAAGAGCCAAGGACUGGAGUGCAGAUGCUGGAAGCUGAUGCUUACUGCUGCC